AUGUUAAUUGCCCUGCUGUGGGGCUCACACGUGCAGCCUUCCUUGCAGUACAUUUUACCUCAGUCUGUAUUUACUAGUCCAGAGCUGCCCGUAGAUGGAGAAAACACGUUGAAGGAAGAAGAAUUUAAUGAACCUGUUGCUUUUGCAGCGAAUGUACCGGAGUAUUUUUCGCAAUACGCGGACGACACUGUUGUUCGCGUUUUUUUGGAUUCUCGAGAGGAAAAGGGCGUUUUGAUGAACGAGCUUUCGGGUUACAAUCUGGAUGUCUGGAAGGAUGAGGGAGACGAAAUUGAUGUUCGUAUUCAUCGCGACGGUCUGCCUCGUUUGGAACGCGAAGGCUGGAAGUUUACGGUCGUCAUCUCUAAUGUCACAGAAACACUUCUUCGCUCCGUCAGUCAUGAACAUGAGCGUGAACAUGAGCGUGAACAUGAGCGUGAACAUGAGCAUGAACAUUUUCAUAACGGUGCUGAUAAUGACAACUCUGAUGACGCGGAUCCUGCAUUCACGCCGUCUCCCUUCUCAUCUUAUGACAGAUUUUUCUCGGAUUAUCAGCGUUUGGAGAGUUUCAACACCUGGAUGCGACUUCAAGCAUCCCUGUUCCCAGACCUAAGUGAACUUUUCUCGCUGGGAACAAGUUCUGAAGGCCGUACCAUCAUGGCAUUGCGUUUGCACGGACACCGUUCACGCCAGAUUCCCGUGAACGAAAAGCGCCCCGCCAUCGUCGUGUUUGCCGGUGUGCACGCACGAGAAUGGAUUGCGAAUCCUACAGUCGUUUACGCUGCCCAACGCUUAAUGUCCUCUUACGACUCAGAUCCUCAAAGUCGACGUCUGUUGGAUUCGUUUGAUUGGAUUUUUGUGCCUGUCGUUAAUGUCGAUGGUUAUGAAUACACCUGGACCAACGAUCGUCUGUGGCGGAAGAACCGUCAAUCCUUCAACUAUUCUUCAUGUGUUGGUAUUGAUUUGGACCAUAAUUUUGAUUUUGCUUUUGACUACAGCAAACGCGCUCGCAACCCGUGCAGUGAAAUGUACCAGGGCAAGUAUGCGUUUGAAGCACCUGAAGCGGCCGCUUUGGCCAAAUUGCUGAGCGAGACAUUGCCUAACUCCGGUUACUACACAGCUGGACUCAUUGACGUACAUUCUUACUCUCAGUCAGUCCUUUGGCCAUACGCUUCUUCGUGCGACAUUGUUCCGCGUGAUGAAGAAAACUUUGAGGAGCUCGCCAUAGGAAUGGUGAAAGAGCUUCACAGCGUCCACCAUCAUGUCUACAUGUACGGACAAGCUUGCACGAGUGCUGGUAUCUAUUCCGAGUUUGAAGAGACUGGAACAGCCCUUGACUGGAGUUACGAGCUUGCUGGUGUUAAAUGGCCAUACGUCGUCAAGCUUCGUGACACCGGUAAUUACGGUUUCCUUCUCCCCGCGCAUCACAUUAUUCCCACCGCCGAGGAGUUCUAUGCCAUGCUGCGGUAUUAUGGCGACUUUAUAUCACAAUUUUGA